GAUGGAGAGGAUACCUUAACUUCCCUUCUCCGUAAUCCUGAUAUCCAAGAAAAUCAAGCAGGGGCUUAUAAAUGCACUGGAAUGAACAACAUUACUGGCUGUUCGACUGAAAAAUCAGGGAUAAUUGACCUGAUUUAUGGCUGUGAGUCAUUUAAUUUCUUAUUUGAAUUCUUCUUAUACACACGGAUGCACAAGACCACAUUAAUUAACAGUACCUCCUUUGUAUCAGGUUCAGCAUAAAAAUGUAUUGCCGUGUUUGCCCUGUAAGCAAUGGAAAGUAUCCCAUCUAGACUAAGAGGGAUAGCCCAUUCUCUCUUGAUUUAGACGAAAUUAAUUAUUGGGUGCUUCAUGUUUUAAAUAACAGAUAAAGUUAUUCCCAGCUGAAUUUAAAAGAAAUCAAUACAUAACUGAAAAUUUCGUGCCACCUUCCUCUUUCCAUUCAGACCAAUUGGACGCUGGAAUUUUUAUUUGUUUAUCCCUCGGGUCACAAGGGAUAAGUAAAUAAGUAAAUAAUUAAAUAAAUAAAUAACGAUUUAGUGGCGCUAGCUCAUCCACAUAGUGUUUCUUUGUCUGCCAUUCUGGCUCAAAUGUACCCCGCCCAGAUGGCGGGAUUAACCUGGGAGUGAUGUAUUUUUUUGGCGGCAAUGGCGGAAUAAGGGUAAGAAGCGACAAAACUCAACCAGGCCCACCACAUAUGUACGGAAGCUCAGGGGGGCCAGAUAGGGAUGUCGUUUUUAUUUUUCACUUUUCGCUUUUUAUUUUUUACGUUUCCGUUUUUGUUUUUUACUUUUCAGUUUUUGUUUUAAACGCUUUGAUUUUCACUUCGUCAUUUUGCUUUCCGGAUUUGGUUUUGGUUUUUAUUUUGUCCUUUUCCGUUUUUGUUUUUAACGUUUUGAUUUUCACUUAGUCAUUUUGCUUUUUGGUUUUGGUUUUGAUUUUGAUUUUGUCCUUUUCCGUUUUUGUUUUUAACGUUUUGAUUUUCACUUCGUCAUUUUCCUUUUUGGUUUUGCUUUUGAUUUUGAUUUUUUACUUUUCCGUUUUUGUUUUUAACGUUUUCAUUUUCACUUCGUCAGUUUGCUCUUUGGUUUUGCUUUUGAUUUUGAUUUUUUACUUUUCCGUUUUUGUUUUAAACUUUUUGAUUUUCACUUAGCAAUUUUAAUCUAUAUUAUGAAAACCAAAACCAAAACCUUAUUAUAACAAUUGAAAACGAAAACCGAAAAAACAAAAACCAAAACCGACAGCGUAGACCAUCAUGCUUUGCUGGAGGAUCAAUAUGGCGGAUUAAGGUGUCCACUCGGCGGAGUGCGGCUUUGUUGACUAUGUUAGCCCAGGUAAAUUAUCUGAUUUUACCUCCAUUGAUUGCUCUGCAUCAUAAAUUGUAUCUUUUUUUAACGUGUCUUUCAAUUCUUCUAUUAAAACUAUGGAAAUCGCGUUAAUCGACUGGAUCAGAUAGUCCAAGACCAAUGCUACACUUAUGGAAUAUUUUCAUGUAGACGGGAUUUUGGCCUGGAUUGAAGGUACUAACGUGGUGUAGGCUAUCGCACAUUUGUCAAGCUUUCAUUUACAGUGGAUCGUAAUCGAGUACACUGAUGAGACUGUGAAUAUCGAGAGGAAUAAAAUCUUUGAGCAUAAUGGAAGGAUAAAACAGGGCUUCUGAUAUUUCGCGCGGUCGCGGACCCGCGAAAUUCCCCAAAAAACGCGAAAUACCGCGAAAUCCGCAAGAAAUAUUUCCAAAUACAUGUCGGCAAAACAUAUUUAGUACUUAUCUUGGCUAUUAGACCGGUUUUAUUAACCCCAAACGUCCAAAUUUAGCUUGAAACUUCAUCAAUGCAGGGAGUAAACAACGUCCCAAAACUACCAGGCGUUUUUAGAUGAACGUUGCGAAAAACUGGGCACUAACCAUUAUGUUGAUAGCUUUAACAUGCCUUCAUUUCUCGAGCGAACUGUUGUUGAAAGAGCAAAUGAUUAUCCGUGUUAAAAAAAAAACGUUCACCGACGCUGGUCAUAUCGACGCAAAAUUGAUCGAUUUUAGCGAAAUUUGCCAAAAAAAACCCAGCGAAAUCGGUUGUUUUUUACUGAUUGUUUCUCGGCGAAGUUUUCCCCCGAAAUUUCUCGUGAAAUCGGCCGAUUUUCCUAAGACAUUCUUAGGAAAUUAUUUGCCCCAGAAAAUCCUUCAAAAAUUGACUCUUUUCCGCUAAAAUCCCGCGAAAUGGGCCGAUUUUUCUGCGAAUUUUGACUUUUCUCCCGCGAAAAUCGCCUGAAAUCGGCCGAUUAUUCCGCGAAUUUUGACUUUUUUCCCGCGAAAAUCCCGCGAAAUCGGCCGAUUUUUCCGCGAAUGUGACCCUGAAAAUUCCGCGAAAUAUUGCUUUUUUUUCCGCGAAAUAUCAGAAGCCCUGAUAAAAGUAUUGCCAUUAAGUUUUUGACACGUGUCGGCUCUCAAUCAUGUAACAACAAUAACAACGGCUCAAAACAAUUCUUAUGGAUAAAACCUAGGUGAAACUGCUAAGUUUUAUGUAGAAGUAAUGAACAGUAAGCGACAAUAAGAGGGCAAAUUUGGUCACGCGGUAUACAAAUUCACGUUUACCGUUUGUCUUAGAGGUCACUGUACAUUUAUUGUUGUUCUUGUAACUCGUGUUCCAUCGAAGCACUUACAUUUAUUACGUCCGUGCGUUCCAUAAUUUUAAGGAGAGUUGAAAACCGGAGAACCAGAAAAACUGACCUCCAGUCUCUGAGCAACGGAAGGAACCAUCAAACUUAACCCACGCCAGGAUUUGAACCCGAGCUACAUUGCUUAGAGCUACAUUGGUGGCAAGCGAGUUCUCUCUCUGCGUCUCCCUUGCUCGUUUGUUGGGGGAUGGCGGGGGGCAUUCGUGUAAUCAUGCUUGGACCUUCUUUCAACUGUGUCUAUACAGAAAGCAUAUAACUGGAACGUAGGCAAACAACUAAUAAUGGCUCACCGAAACGGCAUUCAGAAUUACUCUUUUGUGACACCGGGACAUGGCGUUUAAUAUUGAGGGCUUUAAAUCGCCUCUUUAAUAUACGUACACUGCAGUGAAAGAAACGGAAGCUUUGUUAGUCCAUGACAAAAAAUAGUGUCUCUCGUCCGGAUUUCUAUGAAAGAUACUCCGCUGGAGGACGUUUUUUUGUUGUUGUUUUUUCGGUUAUUGUCAAUGCUUUCUUAGAAAUUAUGUUACCCCAUGAAGAGUUACGUGACUAACCAGAAUGUACGCAGUCAUGAGUGACAAAUCUAUAAAUCUAUGAUCUGAUUUGUCAAGGUAAAGGCAAAAGAGUAUAAUAAUUCACUGUCUUGCCUUUGCAUAGUACUUUUAUACUACUCUGAGCAAGGGAGAUGCAGAGAGAGAACUCGCUUGCCACCAAUGCUCGGGUUCAAAUCCUGGCGUGGGUGAUCUCCACCCCCAAACCAGGGGGGGCGUCUACAGAGUCACUUUGCGUGUUUAUCGCAAUAAUUAACACCUUCAAAAACCUAUUUAAGGCUUCUGACACUUUUAAUGUUUUUCAAGUUUUGAUAAAGAUGGCUGACAGUCAUCGAAACUGUCAGCAUCAUUAAGACUGGCUAUGUUUUAAGAACAUUUAAAUCGACUUAUCAACUUCACUAGCCUGAUGAAUUUCGUCAAGAAUUAAUGGUUCCUUCCCUUGCUCAGAGACUGGAGGUCAGUUUUUCUGGUUCUCCGGUUUUCAACUCUCCUUAAAAUUAUGGAACGCACGGACGUAAUAAAUGUAAGUGCUUCGAUGGAACACGAGUUACAAGAACAACAAUAAAUGUACGGUGACCUCUAAGACAAACGGUAAACGUGAAUUUGUAUACCGCGUGACCAAAUUUGCCCUCUUAUUGUCCCUUACUGUUCAUUACUUCUGCAUAAAACUUAGCAGUUUCACCUAGGUUUUAUCCAUAAGAAUUGUUUUGAGCCGUUGUUAUUGUUGUUACAUGAUUGAGAGCCGACACGUGUCAAAAACUUAAUGGCAAUACUUUUAUCCUUCCAUUAUGCUCAAAGAUUUUAUUCCCCUCGAUAUUCACAGUCUCAUACGCGAUUACGAUCCACUGCAAAUGAAAGCUUGACAAAUGUGCGAUAGCUUACACCACGUUAGUACCUCCAAUCCACGCCAAAAUCCCGUCUCCUUGAACAUAUUCCAAAACUGUAGCAUUGGUCUUGGACUUUCUGAUCUAGUCGAUUAACGCGAUUUCCAUAGCUUUAAUAGAAGAAUUAAAAGGUGCGUUAAAAAAAGAUACCAUUUAUGAUUCAGAGCAAUCAGUGGAGGUAAAAUCAGAUAAUUUACCUGGGCUAACGUCGUCAACAAAGCCGCACUCCGCCGAAUGGACACCUUGAUCCGCCAUAUUGAUCCUCCAGCAAAGCACGAUGGUCUACGCUGUCGGUUUUGGUUUUUGUUUUUGUUUUUGUUUUUUUGGUUUUCGUUUUCAAUUGUUAUAAUAAGGUUUUGGUUUUGGUUUUCAUAAUAUAGAUUAACAUUGCUAAGUGAAAAUCAAAAAGUUUAAAACAAAAACGGAAAAGUGAAAAAUCAAAAUCAAAAGCAAAACCAAAGAGCAAGAUGACGAAGUGAAAAUCAAAACGUUAAAAACAAAAACGGAAAAGUAAAAAAUCAAAACAAAAACCAAAACCAAAAAGGAAAAUGACGAAGUGAAAAUCAAAACGUUAAAAACAAAAACGGAAAAGGACAAAAUAAAAACCAAACCCAAAACCGAAAAGCAAAAUGACGAUGUGAAAAUCAAAACGUUUCGAACAAAACCUGAGAACUAAAAAACAAAAACGGAAACGUAAAAAAUAAAAAGCGAAAAGUGAAAAAUAAAAACGAAAUCACUAUCUGCCCCCCCCCGGGCUUCCGAGUUGCCUGAGGAAUCAAGCACAGGACCGUCAUUAAUGAGAGGGGAGUGUUCUCACCUGAAAUACAGUAGAACCUCUAUAUAACGAACUCCUCGGUAUUAUGAGAUGAUAGGGAGCCAAAAAGGCGCGUAGCACCGAGUUGGCAGAAAGAAAAAGGAGAAUUUGUCGUCGUAUUUUCAUUUUCUCUAUAAAACGUCGUAUUCCUUGAUUAGGAGGUUUCACUUCAUAUUCCUGGAGUAAACGUCAAAGAAAUGUACUAAGAAGUUUGACGAACGUGCAGCAACUGUUGUUUUCAUGUUAAAACCAACUGUGUUUUGACGUUGACAUCGUCGUGGUUCAGAUUUUUACAUUUCAGAUUUUGAUAUUUUUUCCCACUAAUUCAAGAGGUUGCUAUAAAAAUUACAAAUAUAUUACAAAAACAAGAAGAAGAAAACCAGCAAAUUACAUAAAUCAUGAUCAAAGGUGAAAUGUGGGCAGUGGCCAAAGGAGCUUAGGCUUUCGAGUUUGUCACUUAAGCUCCCUACCAUGUUUAAAUGACUGGGUGCAUGACUUAUGAGCUUUGAAAUUAAGACGAAGAAUUCCUUCUCAGUUUCAGUUCAGAAAGGAGAUAAGACAAGUUCUCCCGUUGACUACUAUCCUAACACGACAGAAAUGGAACUGAAGUGUACCUUCAAGGGAUGGCCUCGUCCUCGUGUAGUUUGGUACAAUCCAGAUAAAAAACAAAUCAUCAACGGA